CUCACCUUCUUCAUAUCCACAACUCUCACUCACUCUAGUCACUUGUUAUGAAAAUGGCGUUCAAAGUGAAGCUCCCUUUUUUCUUUCUUUUCUCUCUCGUCCUUCUCUUUGCAACUCUUUCUUUUGCCAAAGAUGACCCACAGCUGAUGCAGUGCAAGCAGCAGUGCAAGGACCUGAAGCAAUCUGAUGAGAGACAGAAAUGCGAGCAGACAUGUCGGAGGCAGUGGAGGGAGAGGGAAGAAGGCGGUGGUGGCCGUGGCCGUGGCGAUGAUGAGUGGAAUCCGGAGAGACCGGAGGAGAGGCUGAGGGAAUGCGAGAGGAAGUGUGACCGGAGACUGGAGGGGCGGGAGAAAUCGCAGUGCCACCAACAAUGCGAAGAACAGUACAAGCGUGAGAAAGAAGGAAGAGGGAGGGGAGAGGGUAAUUAUGAAGGUAGUGAGAGAGAGGAAGAAGAGAGAGAACAAGGAGAGCGAAGAGGACAGAGAGGACACCCUUAUCUGUUCGAGGACCAGCAUUUCAUCACAGGAGCCAGGACCCAACAUGGCCGAAUUCGACUCCUUCCGAAAUUCACAGACAGAUCCGAACUCCUUCGCGGCAUCGUGAAUUAUCGACUGGCCAUUCUUGAAGCUGAUCCUCAGACCUUCAUAGUCCCGAACCACUGGGAUGCCGAAGCCGUUUUCUUUGUUGCAAGGGGAAGAGGAACUAUUAGUUUGGUGAGGCAGGACAAGAGGGACAGCUUUAAUCUUCGAUGUGGUGAUGUCUUGAGGAUUCCGGCGGGGACUACUAUUUACAUGAUCAACAGAGACAACAACCAGAAACUUGUCUUAAUCAAGCUCCUCAAGCCUGUAUCUGUUCCCGGAGAAUUUGAGGUAUUUGUCGGGGCAGGAGGCGAAAACCCGGAGUCCUUUUACAGGGCAUUCAGCAAUGAGAUACUAGAGACCGCUUUGAAUACGAGGAGAGAGAGGUUGCAGAGGCUGUUUGGACAGCAGAAACAGGGAGUGAUUGUGAAAGCGAAUGAGGAGCAAAUCAGGGCGUUGAGCCGCCACGAGGAAGGUGGAAUCUGGCCGUUUGGAGGUGAAUCAAGAGGCCCAAUCAACCUCUUCAACAAGCGUCCAACACAAUCCAAUCAAUAUGGACAACUCUAUGAAGUUGAUGCUAGAGAUUGUAGGCAUCUUGAAGAACUGGACGUUGCCGUUUCUUUUGCUAACAUCACCCAAGGGGCCAUGACAGCUCCAGUGUACUCCUCAAGGUCAACAAAGAUAACUACGGUGGUGGAAGGUGAGGGAUACAUUGAGAUGGCGUGUCCACACCUGUCCUCCUCCUCGGAGAGUCAACGCCGCCGUGAGGGAAGAGAAGGCUCACCACGGGAAAGAGAAGAAAGAGAAGGCUCACCGCGGCAACAAGGCGAGAGGGGCUCCCCAACUACUUACCAGAGGGUCCACGCCCCUCUAAGGCGUGGCUCCGUCUUCAUAGUCCCUCCCGGCCACCCGGUGGUUGCUGUUGCUUCCAAAAACCAGAAUCUACAGCUCGUUUGCUUUGAGAUCAAUGCACGUAACAACGAGAAAUUCCCUCUUGCAGGAAGGAGGAACAUAAUAAAUCAGAUGGAGAGAGAGGCAAAGGAGUUGGCAUUCAAUGUACCGGCAAGAGAGGUGGAAGCCAUCUUCAGGAACCAAAACGAAGAGUUCUUCUUCAGGGGACCUCACCAGCAGCAGGAGCAGGAGGGUCGGGCUGAUGCGUGAGAGCGUGCGUGCUGCCGCUGGAGUGGACCCAGCUGGUGUGGUUGCGCCUCUGUGAGCUAAGGGUAUAAAUAGCAGCCGCUACUACAACUGGGGUUUUGUGGUGGUUUUGACAUAAUAUGUAUACAUAUAUGUAUAUGAGUGGGUUAAGUGUGUACGUACUGUGUGUAUGUAUGAGUAAGCUGAAGGCGUUAACAUAAAUAAAAUGUUUCCCAGUUUCGAUGUC